CAUAAAUCACCUCCUGCCCGCAGUGGAUGUCCGUCCGGAGACAAGCUGCCCCCCCCCCAGCGUCAGUGUCGGUGACCGUUUGGUGAUGAUGCCCUUGGUGUUGGGGCAUGUAUCCAUCUGCCCUCGUGAAACAUAUCAACAGAAAUGAGUAAAGACGAUGCACGGAUCGAAAUGGACCUGGCUUGUGGAUCGGCCAAGCCCUAUGGGUCCUCGAGAAGUAUUGUGAGAAGAAUAGCGACCAGUCUUCCUCUUAAACCCUGCCCCAGGGUUCAUUUUCAGCUUUAUCCAUACAAUGAGGAUGCUGGUAUUCUGAUCGGUACCAGGCGGCAGAACGGUUUGGUAGCCUCUCUGGCUGAUAUUGCCUGGAUCGACAGGGAAGAGGAGGAUGACGAAGACUUCUUUGGCAGACCCAGGUCAGGAAUCCCACCAGGACUCGUGUUUCGAACCCGCCAGCCUCAUCUUCAGCAAAAAUCCUUAACCCGCCAGAGGUCACUACCAAGCCUGCAUGAGGGGCCUCCGGACCCCCAGGGGCCAACAGUCGCCAACGAUGAGGCCAUUCAGAAGAUCAGCGCACUGGAGACAGAACUUGCGAAACUCAGAGCUCAGAUAGCACAAAUCGUUCUUGCUCAAGAAAAGAGCGCGCAGCCAGCUGCUACCACAGGGACACCUCCCCCUCCACCCUCUGGCACCCUGCCUCCCCCUCCCCCCCCACCACCACCACCACCACCACCACCACCCCUACCCCUAAGUCUCCAGCGGACAUUUUCUGCCAUUGACUUGAUAAAGGAGCGCAGAGGGAAGAAGACAGAUGGCCAGACCCUUUUGGAUUCAAAGCCAGCAGAAUCCAUCCCCAACAUGCUUGACGUCCUGAAAGACAUGAGCAAAGUCAAGUUGCGAUCAGUUAAAAGUCGUCCAGUAGACGGUGACGCCAAAUUGAAGUCCAAUGAGCCGGCGGAUGCUGCAACUCUCAUCGCCGAGGCCCUGAAACGCAAGUUUGCCCAUCGUUAUCGACACGACAGUGAACGAGAGGACAAGGAGGAAUUCAAACUUCCCGUUCCAGAUGUGAAACCUCAAACAGAAACCCCCUUGUUUGGGCAGCACAUGUUGAAACAAACUGGAAAAAGGAAGAUACUCUGAACUCGGGGUCCAGAGGUACCGUGGACACUUUGAAGUGCCUUAUCAAGCUUCUAAUAUCGGCUGUCUCUCCGUGGAAGGACGAGGGAUUCUGCCUGGACUAGACAUCAGUCUGCUCCAGGUAUCUGUCAUCUCAUAGUGUUGCAUCCAGUGAUCAUCUUGACCAUCUGUUUUUGCACUUUUAUAACUUAUAUUAGCUUUCUGUUUUACAAACAUGAUUUAUUUUGUUUUACUGAAUGUGUUUUUGUUUUUGUUUUGAGUAGUCUAAAUUUCUGCUUAUCACAGGGUUGAGUGAAAGUAUCGAAGCGCAUGUUUCAACAACACUACAGAAUCGUUAAAUGUUAUUGGUUUUAUUAUUCAAUCAUUACUUAGGUUUUCUGUUAAAACAUAUUGCACAUAACAUAGUUGGUUAUUCCCAUUUUUAAGGGAAAGCUGAAGAGUUCUUCUACCACAGAAGAAACGGAGCACUUUCUUACUUGUGGAAUAUUGUGCUGUUUUCUUUAUAUUUGUUGUAGACUAAUUUAUGAUUGGGAUCCUUAUAUUUAUGUUGUUUAAGUAAAUAAUUAAGAUUUUAACACAGGUAAUUAUGUCCUAGAUUUGUCCGUUUUAGGUGGGGUUUUGUACUUUAUUAUGUGGAGCCUAAGUAAGUUGUGUCCCAAUUGCCAGUCUUGCCAGGGCUUGUAUGUCUUUUGCUGGUCAAAUAUGUAUCCCAGUUUUAGUUGAUAUUAUUUAUCUCUUUACUACAAUUCAUGUUUAAGAGCCAAAGACAUUCCAGUGAGAUUCUGCCGUUCACUGCCCAACAUUACCUUUCCACAUUCCUUUUCCAAUUUAGGAUGUUCAAAUAGCGAGGGAAAACAGAUAACUGUUCAGCAAAGUUCAUAUUUCUAGGUUAAUGACGGUACAGGUGAUAUCUGUUGCUUUAUCAGUACCAUGGUUGAUAAGAUUAGCUCUUUAUCUCAAAUCACUUUCCCAGAACUUAAGCAGCUGAACAGAAAUGCUGCAUUGUUGUAGCUCACUCUGUAUUCACAACAUAUUUUAGUCAUGGGUCCUAAGGCACCCACUGUUCAGUAUCGGAAAGUUAUAAAUUAUGCUUUUGUGCCAGUAAUCACAUUUUCAUGCCUCAGUUUGAAAAUCUGUCACAGACCAAACAGACUCCUCUGGGCUAAUGUUUGGUUUUAUAGGCAGUAUUAUGUUCAAAGGGACUGAUUGCACACAGUUUCCAAUUCUGUUCACUAUGCCAGUGUAGUUGCUGCUUCAAGACAACUGUACUAGUAUAACUUUUUUUUUUUUUUAGAGGAAAAGGUGGACUGGGUGUGUCAGUAGUAAUUAAGUGAUUUAAAUGUACUAUUCAAGAUUUGAGAAAAGUUGUCUUCCAUAAAAAUAACUUGAAUUGUGGAAUUUCUAAAUAAAAGUUUGUGGUCUGCCUGA